AUGUCUUCAGCUGAUCCUCAUUGUGAUAAUCGCGGAGACAAUCGGGUUAUAAGUUUGGGUCCAAAAGCCCGGCGCUAUGACUCGCGAACCACAAUCUUCUCACCCGAAGGACGUCUCUAUCAGGUGGAGUACGCAAUGGAGGCCAUCGGACACGCGGGCACUUGUCUCGGCAUUCUGUCCAACGAUGGCAUCGUUUUGGCCGCUGAGAAGCGAAACACUAACAAACUCUUGGAUGAGGCCCGGCGCUAUGACUCGCGAACCACUAUCUUCUCACCCGAAGGACGUCUCUAUCAGGUGGAGUACGCAAUGGAAGCCAUCGGACACGCGGGCACUUGUCUCGGCAUUCUGUCCAACGAUGGCAUCGUUUUGGCCGCUGAGAAGCGAAACACUAACAAACUCUUGGAUGAGGUCUUCAACUCAGAGAAGAUUUACAAAUUACACGAAGACAUGGCGUGCAGUGUGGCCGGCAUUACAUCCGACGCCAAUGUGUUGACCAAUGAGUUGAGACAAAUCGCUCAAAGAUAUAUUCUUCAGUACGGAGAGAGCAUUCCGUGCGAACGACUGGUCAGUUGGUUGUGUGACAUAAAGCAGGCGUACACUCAAUACGGAGGCAAACGACCGUUCGGUGUGUCCAUCCUUUACAUGGGUUGGGAUAAACAC